UGAAAAUGGCUGGAGGACCAUGGAGAAGUCUUCUCUAGGCUUGUUGGAGCAGCCGCUCUUCACUCUUCCCAAUUAAAGGAGAAUUUGAUUGGAGCAGCCACGGUGCUUGAUGUUUAUGUUUCCUUGGAGAGAGAAAAAUCAAAGAAAGAAGGAAGAAGAAGAAGAAGAAGAAGAUGAUAGAGGUGAUAUUGAAUGACAGAUUAGGUAAGAAAGUUCGAGUCAAAUGCAACGAAGACGACACAAUCGGCGACCUCAAGAAGCUGGUGGCUGCUCAAACUGGCACCCGACCCGAAAAGAUUCGGAUUCAGAAAUGGUAUACUAUUUACAAGGAUCACAUUACUCUCCAGGACUACGAGAUUCAUGACGGCAUGGGCCUUGAGCUCUACUACAACUAAAUUCCCUCCCUCUCCCUCCUCUGGUGAUGCAUCAAACUGUUUUAUAAUCAAUGCCAUGUUCGUGAAGAAACUAGGAAGAUUAUCCGAGUACGUUCUGUUUGAUUGUGUAAUGAGUUAAUAUACUAGUGUACUACUUCAAUGACCAAAGUAGACUUUGUAUACUUAAUUGACAACUGCUUUGCUUAGCAAUCAUAUGUAUGUGUGUGUGUGGUUAUGAUAAUUUAUCAUCAACGUAUGUUGAUUGAUUUUAAAUAA